AUGAGUGGGGGUGUCAAUGUGAAGUCGGGCACCCGUGGGCCUCCCUCAUCAGGAAUCCCCCUCCCACGUAGCCUGUUGCCCUCCUCCCCCAAAGCAGACCCCCGUCGCCGGGUUAGUGAUCUGCCCAAGCCCUCAACUCAGACUCCUAAACACACACCCACGCACACUCCCACACACACACCCACACACUCUCCUUCACUUUGCCCACGGAGGUCCAGCAUCCCCGGGCCUUCCUCCAGGGACCUGCUGAGAGAUGCUAGCCUGAAAAGCCAACUCUUCCAGCGGACGGGAGCUCUACCUGCUCCCCAGAUGUCUCGUUCUGCCUACAGCAGCCCGCUGACCCAACGCAGAGUACCACCGCCACACUCCAAAGACACGCUGGACCUGGGAAAACCUUCCCUGGCUCACACUCCACCACAGUUAACACAUAACGGCAAUCGCAACAAAAACACCUUCACAAAUAAGAACCAAACAUGGGGAGCCAGCAACCUGCGUCCACCAUACCAGUUCAGGAGAGGGGACAACUCCAACUCUGUAACUGUAACAACAAGUGAGGUCAUGCCAGGAAGAGACAAGGAGCCUCCAGAAAACCAGACAGCCCAGUCCACAAUGUUCAACAACAGUAACCUCCGCCCUUCUCUACCUCAAAUGAGCUACGAACACGCCAUCAGAGGUCGUAGCAACUCCAUGAGCCAGUCAGAUGAGGAGAUGGAGACUCCUGAGGACAGUAGUGCGGCCUCUUCUCCUGGUCCUCCUCCGCUGCCACCAAUCACAUUCACGCUGCCGGUAAUGUCAAAGAUGGCUGUCGAUACACAGGAUCAAAACCUAGACAAGGAGGCUGUGUCCAUGGAGACACACACACCUAAAGUUAACAUGGCUACUGUGGCUCCCUUCAGCUACAGGCUGCAGGUGCAGGAGAGUGAUUUUUCAGUGGAUGAACUGAGUGACUGCUCAUCUGGAUCCAUAGAAGUCUGCUGCGAUGACCUAACACCAGGGGGGAUGCUGGAGGCUAAUGUGGCUAACAUUAGCAUGACGGCUAAGCCCAGAGAGCUGGACCUCAGGUCUGCUGCUGUCUCCUGCCAGGAUACUACAGCCCAGGCCAUGGCCUCUAGGAAGGCCCCGCCCAAGCCCUCCGCUCUGCCCCAGGGACCUUCACGUUCCUCCGGGUCAGAGCUCAAGGUCUACCGGCCCUCCUCUGGAUCUAUCCCAAUCCCAAUCCCCAAUCCGUCCGGUCUCCGCAAGCAGCGAUCACUUAGCAACUUGUCUGUGCUCACUGAUGCUGAGAAGAAGCUACACCUGUACCAGUCUCCGCGGUGGAAUGAUGAUACUAGCCGGCCUGGCACUGGCACCAACAAAGCAGGCCAGACAAAAACAGGUCAGGCUGGGGGUGGGAGACCACCACUCUCCCGGACCCUUUCAAAGUCAGAACAGUCUCUUUUCCAGGGAAAGCCCAAACCUCUCUGCUUCCCGGCUGUUACCUCUAACAUAGGCAAGCCAAGUCGAAUUCCUGCCCCUGGGAGACCACGGGGACCUUAUGCUGAGGUCAAGCCCAUCAGCAAGGCCUCUGAAGCGGGCCAGAGUGCAGACACAGACUCCACUGACCACCCAACUAAAGCUAACUCCAAUGGAGCUGUGAGUAGUGGAACUAAUGGCAAGAAACCAGGGGAGAAGGGGAGAUCUGCUUCUCUGUCAACAGAGGAAAAGAAAGAGAAGAAAGGGAUAGAGGGGGAAGAUGAUAAGAGCUUUCUGAAGGUGGACCCAGAGUUAGUGGUGACGGUUCUCGGAGACCUGGAGCAGUUGCUCUUCAGCCAAAUGCUCGACCCGGAGUCCCAGAGGAAGAGAACCGUACAAAAUGUUCUGGACCUUCGACAGAACCUGGAGGAAACCAUGACCAGCCUGAGAGGGGUGCAGCUUAGCCACAGCUGUGUGGAGGGGACCAUGUGCUAUGACAGUGAUGAAGCUGCCGCCUUCUCCGUUUCCAGUCUUUCAAAUCGCUCCUCUCCGUUGUCAUGGCGCCAGGGUCAAGCCAGCCCCCGUCUGCAGGCUGGUGACGCUCCGUCCACAGGUAACACCCAAUCAGACAUUCCGCUCCGGAUCAGCCACAACUCCCGUAUCCACCUCAUCGAAGCUCUGGAUGAGUCAGAUCCGUCCUUGAUGAAGGGAGAUUACCUCAGUGACAGUGACCUCGGUGGGAAGAGCCCAAACGAAGAUGAUGAAGAUGAUGAUGAUAUUGACGAUCUGGGGAAUGGUUGGGAUGAGAGCAGCUCUAUCAGCAGCGGUCUAAGCGACGGCUCAGACAACCUGAGCUCUGAAGAGUUCAACGCAAGUCCCACUCUCAACUCCCUCCCCACCACUCCCAUCGGCUCCCGCAGAAACUCAGGCAUAGUGAUGCGGACAGAUGCAGAGAAGAGAUCUCUGGUGGAGAGUGGUCUCUCCUGGGAUACUGAUGAUACCAAACCCAGCCGCAAGAGCCAGGGCAGCAGCAUCUACGAUACGGGGAGUCUCAAGUCAGAGUCAGCCAAUAAAUGGAAAAAGACAAGGCCGCAGGGGGAGGGGCUAGAAGGAGGGAAGGGCGAACUGAAGAAACCUCAAACCCUGGGUCAAGGGAAUUUGUUGAAGAAAGGAAGAAACCCACCUGUGGGAGUCACAUCCCCGAUCACCCACACCUCUCAGAGUGGGCUGAAAGUGGCAGGUACAGUAAAGUCAGAUGGGAAGCCCAUGGAUAAGUCUCGGUUAGCAGUGAAGACGUCAGGUCUUCAGCGCUCCUCUUCUGAUGCUGGUAAAGACCACCGGAAUGGUACCACUGGUGGUGAGCAACGUAAACCUCCAUCCGGCCUGGUCAGGCCCUCAACUGGUGGAAACUUUGGCUUCAAGAAACCCACCACGGCUACCAGUAAUGGGACAAACAAUAACAGUACGCCCACUGUGAUGAGUACAGGUGGCAGUGCCAUACCCAGCGGCUCUGCUACUGUGGGAAAGAUUCCCAAAACAUCGGGUAUUCCUGUCAAACCAGGGGCUGGUGGUGGUGGAGGACGUAAGACAAGUCUAGAUGUUUCAAGCAGCGACCAAAGUGGUUUUCUGUCCCCAAAUGCUAGGACGUCUCUCCAGUACCGCUCUCUGCCUCGUCCUGCUAAGACGAGCACGCUGACUUUAACCCGGCCGAGCUCAGCUCGCCCAGUAAGCACUACCAUGGACACAAGCUCUGGAUUGAUCAAACCUUCAACUACUGCGCCCCAGGGCUCAAGGCUCAAAGAGCCUGCCUCAGGGCUUGGUUCUGGAACAGGGUUGAGUAAGACGGGGAGUCGUGGGAUCCCAAGUCCCAGUCCUGUCAAUCAAACGGACAGAGAAAAAGAGAAAGAGAGAGCCAAAGCUAAAGCUGUAGUAUCUGACUCAGAGUGUGGAGGUGGGUCUCUAAAGGCCAGCCCUGCUCAGACCCCCUCAGAGAACGGAGGGAAGCUACAGGGGCUGAGACCUCCCAGCAGUAGCAAGGGCAUAGAUCUGCCCUCACCCAACACACACAGAUUAUCUGGGGUGCGCAGCCUGGCAAAGCCUCCAUCCAUGGCCCAGCUUGACAAGCUGAACUCCAACAGCCUUGAGGUGGGGGUACAGGACACCCUGCCUCCGAAGAUCCCUCCCUACUCUAAGCUCCAGGACCUGGCUAACUCAGCAGGCAGCUCCACUAGCCCCUGCCUGACCCCCAGCCCUGCCCCAUUACUCAAUGUGAACUCUUCGGCCUGCUUCUCAAGCUCUGGGAUUGGGUUGGGGCCCAGGCAGGUCUCUUCGCUUGGGGUUGAAGUGAGUGGAGGAAGCACCUCUCCCCUGCUCUACCCUCGACUGUCUGGGCUGCAUCGGAGCAUGGAGUCAUUGCCGCUCCAGAUGAGUCUGGCUCCAGAGCCUCAGGAGGGAGAGAAGAAUAGAGAGAGGGAGACUUUAGUGAGAGGCUACACCACCAUUGAGUCCAGAGACAAAGAGAGACAGGAGGACAGAGGCCCUCCUACAAGCUGGAGCUCUGGAAGUAAAGUCUCAUUGACACUUACAGACAGUUCUCAGAGAGACAGAAACACACUGCCAAAGAAAGGUUUGAGUUUCAGCGGUGCCUCCCAGGCUGAGGAGGAAGGGAAGGAGAAAGGAGAGAGGAGACACUCUCACACUAUUCUCAGUAUGACAGACUCCCUCACUCUUCCACUGCUGUCCUCACCCACCUCCCUGCCCCGCACUUCUAAGACAAGUAUGGUACCCAGCCCUGUCGGCGGACCUCCAAGGAUGACUCGUUCCAACAGCAUCCCAACACAUGAUGCCUCUAUGGAGCUGUGCGGUGUGUCUCCACUGGGCAGCACACUGUCGCUGGCUGAGCGUCCCCGCAGCAUGGGAAUGGUUCGCUCGGGAUCCUUCAGGGACAAGGAGCCCGAUGAAGUUCAUGGGUCUGUGCUCUCACUGGCAUCCAACGCCUCGUCAAGCUACUCCUCGGUGAGUUUGGACAGCAUGCAGACUCAGCAAAUCCGCAAGCUGAGGAGAGAGCUGGAAUCGUCCCAGGAGAAGGUGUCUAACCUGACCACACAGCUGACUGCAAACGCAAAUCUGGUGGCUGCCUUUGAGCAAAGUUUGUCACUGAUGACGACUCGGCUUCAGAGUCUGUCAUUAAGCCAUGAGCAGAAGGACUCAGAGCUGGUGGAGCUGCGGGAGACCAUCGAGGCUCUGAAGGCCAAGAAUGAAGAGGCCCACGCUGUUAUACAAGGAGCUUUAAACAAUCCAGAUAACAUGAAAGACCUGCGAAUUCGACGUCAAAACUCGUGUGAGAGCAUCUCAAGUCUGAACAGCCUGACUAGUAUGUCGAGUGUUGGCAGCAUGAAGGACCAAGAUGCCAAGAAGAAGAAGAAAAAGAGCUGGGUCUUUGAGCUAAGGAGCUCCUUCAACAAGGCAUUCAGCAUUAAGAAAGGCUCCAAAACCUACUCAGAUAUCGAGGAAAUCGUCACCCCAGACUCCUCAGCCCCUAAUUCCCCAAAGAUGCCUCAUGAGGGGGGAGAAGGAGGGGAGAAUCAGCCUUCAUCCCUCAAAACCUCAGCUUCUGUAAUAAUGGAGACUACAGAGGAGGGGGACAAUGAGGAAACAGCGGUAUCAGAGCUACGCUCAGAACUCUGGGUGAAAGAGAGGGAACUGACAGACAUCCGACUGGAGGCCUUAAACUCUGCUCAUCAGCUGGAGCAGCUCAGAGAAGCCAUGAACAACAUGCAGUCAACAGUGGAGAACUUGAAGGCAGAGAAUGACCAUUUGAAAACAGGAAGUCAGCUCCAUCUUGCGGGCUGUGGCCCCACCUCCUCCACUUCCCAGCCUUCAGGCCUGGCCUCUCUCCUGGGGCCGUCACUGAGGCAGCCGAUGAGCAUGUCCCUCACCAAGUCCUUCAGUCUCAGCCUAAAUGAUUGUAAAGAUACAGACGUGUCUCCAGCCGACAUGCUAAGCGUGUCUUCCCAGCGGGAUGAGGUGUGUGCACGAGUACUGGUCUGCAUUGGAGAUCAAGCAGAGGACAGCAAACAGCAGCAAGAGUAUUACUUGGGCUCAGUGUCAGUCAGUGCAAGGACUGACUGGGCCAGUCUCGACUCUCUUAUAGCUAAGACCUUCAAAGACUACCUAACUCAAGUGGACCCGACAGCCAGCCUGGGUCUAUCCUGUGAUUCGCUUCACAUGUACCAGCUGGCCCAGGGAGGGCAGAGGGUGAUAGGAGGGGACAAACCUCAGGCCUUACCUUAUCGCUGUCUCAGCAGUGGUUCAGCUCAAAUACUUGUCACCUUGAAAGGUAUUAAAGAAAAAUGUGUUGACUCACUCGUGUUUGAGACUCUGAUUCCUAAGCCCAUGAUGCUGCACUACAUCAGCCUGCUGCUGAAGCACAGACGUCUUGUUCUGUCUGGGCCCAGUGGGACAGGAAAGACCUACCUAGCUCAGCGUCUGGCCCACUACCUCCUGCAGCGCAGCCGGACCGACUCGUCUGAGGCCGACCAUGAGACCUGUCUCCUGGGCCGCAGCGCUGCUGUCACCUUCAACAUGCACCGUCAGUCACAGAAGGAGUUGCAGUUGUAUCUGUCCAACCUAGCAAAUCAGAUUGACAGAGAAAGUGGGGGAGAGUUGCCACUGGUUGUUAUCAUAGAUGACAUCAGUGAUUCAGCAGCCAUCACUGAGCUUGUUAACGGAGCGCUCACCUGCAAGUACCACAAAUGUCCUUACAUCGUUGGAACGACCAAUCAGCCAGUGAAGAUGUCGUCCAACCACGGACUGCACCUUAGCUUCAGGAUGGUGAUGUUCUCCAAUAAUGUGGAACCAGCAAAUGGGUUCCUGCUGAGGUACCUGCACCGUAAAGCUGUGGAGGCUUACCAGGAGGAGGAGCAGGACUCAACACGCCACCAAGCUCUCCUCCGCGUACUCGACUGGGUCCCUCAGCUCUGGUACCACCUCCACACUUUCCUGGAGAAACACAGCACUUCAGACUUUCUUAUAGGUCCCUGUUUCUUCCUGUCAUGCCCAGUAUCAGUGGCAGAGUUCAGGCAGUGGUUUAUUGACCUGUGGAACCACUCCAUCAUACCAUACCUGCAAGAGGGUGCCAAAGACGGGAUCAAGGUCCACGGGCAGAAGGCAGUGUGGGAGGAUCCAGUGGAGUGGGUGAGAGGUACCCUCCCUUGGCCCAAUGCACAGCAAGACCAGUCCAGACUGUUUCACCUACCUCCCCCCAGCAUAGGUGCACCCAGUGAGGAGAAGAAGCCCCCCAAAGAUACACCUCCACCCAGUGCACUGGAGUCAGACCCACUGAUGGCCAUGCUGCUGAAGCUCCAGGAGUCGGCCAACUACAUAGAGUCUCCAGAGCGCGAAGGCAGUCUGGAUCCCACUCUUCAGGCUACGCUCUGAGGACAACAUACGAUUGUCAGUUGAGCUGUGGAACUAUGGACUCUUUAUUGCGGCUGCCACAGCGAGUGCAGUCCCAAUGAGACUCAUUAAUGAACUUUACUGUGUGCUCAGUGAGCAGUUACAAAGCUAAAUGUAAAGGAUCUACAGAGAGAGUGAUUAUGGACGAAGGGCUUGCUCUGCCCUGCUAUUACAACAUUGGAAAGACAAUUAAACUGCUUUUAUAGGAAGCUGUGAUGAUCAUGUCAGGGAAAGAUACUCAUUUGUCUCUUCUCUGACCCCAGUUUGUCCCAAAGGGGUUGUUGUUGAAUCCGCAAUUGCAUGGUAACCGGAAUAGUAUGAUGCAAAAUAUUACCUAUAAUCCUACUGAUCAAGACCCAUUUGUUCCCUUUCUUUUGUUUGUGUUUGACUGUCACAACUUUCAACGACUACAACUAUUGGUGCUUACUGGUUUUCUUUGAAGGCACGUGCUUCAUUUAAGAAAGAAAUUCACUUCAGAGGUAAAAGAGUCUGAUUUCCCCCAAAGCAGGACCAUCACUCGACGACAGCCAAAAAUGCACUUUAUUUUCUACAUGUGGUAAUUGGAUUUAAGGAGGCUGUGUCAGUGACUGCGCAUUAAAUGGGGGGACUAUCAGUUUGGCCAAAUCAUGCAGUUCACUAGUAAUUCCUCUAGAUGGCAGCAACUACUGCCUCGGUGCCCUCUUGGUGUGCUUUUUUUUGUCUUCUCAAAGGUGCUCCGUAGAUGAUAACACACACUCAAUAACACAGUUAUGAAAAUGGCCUUGAAUGUUAUAUUUCUUUUCAUUUCAGCCACUGUAUCAUUCAUGGAUCAAAUAUCAGACCUGUGAAGCUGUAAGAGUAACAUGCAUGGGUGAAUAAGGAAUUGAAAAAUGAAUCAGUUUUACGGUCAGCCUGUGCAGAAAAUGUCAUCAUCAGUGGACAGUAGUCGGUGGUUUACUCCAGUAAUAUACUGAUCAUAACGACAGACUGACUCUAUACUCAACAUUCUGUAUUGUGAACACACACACACAACAAGAAAACAAAAACUGCUUGUUCUAGUCUGCCAAAUCGGCCUACCAUUUCUGGCUAUGCUUGCGUCUACUCUGUAUUUAGAUAUCAACACAAACUUCUCUUGUGAUAGAUAAGGACACAGCUUUGAAAAUCUUGAUUUUGUAGGAUUUUAUACUGAGUCAUACAAUGAGCAUCCGUAUACAGUAAUCACCAUCUAGUAUUUAUAUCAAACAUGCAGUUAGCCACAGCAGCAGACAGCAUCUUCCGCACAGUCAUACUUCCGUCAUUACUGGUUAGAUCAUUUCUCAUUUGUUAUGCCACAGGGGGGAAGUGGAGUACAUGAGUUUUAAAAAAAAGCUGCAGUCAACUUAGAAGAAUAAGUACAAAAAACAUUUCCUUCCUCAUUGCAUUUGCUCUUUAUAUCUUUGAUAAUGUUUUUCAAACUAGAAAUCUGUUUCCUUCUCUGGCACUAUUUUAAGAGUUACAGGAAGAGUAAGGGCUGGGGUUAAGAAUGCUUGAAACUCAUUAUUAAGUGGCUUCCUCUCAUUUAUUUCCUUCAUUUGUUUGCACAUAAUAUAUGUGAGAAAGUGCUAGAUUACAGAGAGUAUUUAUUGCUCACAUCUUGACUGUUCUUGUGAUGAAGGAAGACAGCAUAAAAAGACGUGUAAAAGGAGGAAGCUGUAGGUAGUAGAGAUACACUUAAACGUCUCAGUUCCGUGCCCCUUCACCCUGAAGUACCUCAGACUGCCAUAUUCUCUCCAGAUGUUCCUCCUCUUUCCAAACAGCAAAGUGCUGCUGGAAAGUAGAGACAUGAUGCCUAAGUCUAUCUGUGCCUGAAACACGAUUUGGCCUAAAGCUGCUUUUGAGCUGUUUUAAUCUACCACACGGAGGCCUCGAAUUAGAGGAAACAUCUUCACUUCCUCUCACCUACUCUGAUGUCACUUUAAUGUCGUCACCUUGAUGCCCAUAUUUGGGUGGAGAGUGGGUUACUGAUUUGGGCCUAUGGCUGGUAGAUGAGGUAAUGUGUAACGUGUCAGUUAACUCUGCAGUAGAUGAGAAUGUGUAUCAUGACUGGGCUGUUUGUGUGUGAUUUGACACCAUUUUAAGUGUGAAAGAAUAGACACCUUUGAGGAGUUGCCUGAGAGUGAGAAGCAGUGUAAGAACAGAUAUUAGCCUGGAGAUCUAAUGUCAAUGCAUGUGUCCCUGGUGUAUUCCCAAAGUUGUGUUUCAUUGGACCUACCACACUUAAACCUUAUCACGGGAGGGAUUUUUAAUAACUGGAUAUCUUCCUUUUUUCGCAUUGUUUUUAAGAGCAGACAUUUGUUUUUUUUCUUAUGCAAAUAUUUGUAAAGGUUUCUUUCUCUUUUGUACAUGACAUCACUAUUGUAAACACUGUAAAUAGUCAGUGCAUCUGCGACAACAAUCACAAAAAAAAAAUGUAGAGAUCUAAGAGAAGGCAUGGCUCCUGUAUGCAGAAAUGAGCGUCCUCAGUGGUUUUAUUGUCUUCCUCCAGUAGGAAGGAGCACUUGGCUUAAAAGGAGUCCUAAUAAUGGUUGUAUGGCAUGUCUCUAUAACUACAUCACAUCCCAUAUGUCUAACAUUGAGAAAUGAACACAAUAAAGUCAUGCCAUUCUUC